AUGCUCCAUGGUGCCAAUCGUCUCGCAGAUGCUGUGGCUGUGACACUCGGCCCCAAGGGCCGCAAUGUCGUCAUCGAGCAAAGCUUUGGGGCUCCAAAGGUGACGAAGGAUGGAGUAACUGUUGCCAAAGCCAUCGAAUUCAAGAACAAGCUCGUGAACGUGGGGGCUUCGCUCAUCAAGCAGGUUGCUUCCAAGACAAAUGACCUUGCUGGUGAUGGCACCACAACGUCGACAGUGCUGGCCCGUGCAAUCUUCCGAGAAGGAACUAAAGCGGUCGUUGCAGGCAUGAACCCAAUGGACGUGAAAAGAGGAAUUGAUGCUUCUGUGAAGAUUGUGCUGGAGGACUUAGAAAAGCGCGCGACGGAGAUCUCCUCGCCCAAGGAGAUAGCGCAGGUAGCCACAAUUUCUGCGAACGGAGAUGAGAUUAUCGGCAAGAUGGUCGCCGAUGCUUUUGAGAAAGUUGGCAAGGAUGGCACCAUCACUGUGUCGGAGGGCAAAACGCUGGAUCAUGAGCUGGAGGUUGUGGAAGGCAUGAAGUUCGACCGCGGCUACAUUUCCCCGUACUUUGUGACAGAUACAAAGGCGCAAAAAUGUGCCCUAGCAGACCCACUUGUUCUCAUCUACGACAAGAAGAUCUCGUCAGUUCAGAGCAUCCUCCCCGUUUUGGAGCACACCAUGAAGGCACAAAAACCUCUACUCAUCAUUGCGGAGGACGUUGAACAGGAGGCCUUGGCAACCUUGGUGGUGAAUAAGCUGCGUGGAGGAUUGCAGGUAUGCGCUGUCAAGGCACCCGGCUUCGGUGACCAUCGGAAGGCCAUGUUGCAGGACCUGUCUGUGCUCACAGGGGCAGAGCUUAUCAGUGAGGACACCGGCCGCAAGCUGGACGAGACCUUCGAUGCGACUGUGCUCGGCACCGCCAAAUCCAUCACAGUCACGAAGGAUGACACCAUCAUUCUUGAUGGUGCUGGCGAACAGGCCGAUAUCCAGUCUCGCUGCGAGCAGAUCCAGGCGGCCAUCGAGGUUACUUCUUCAGAGUAUGAGAAGGACAAGCUUAAGGAGCGCCUCGCCAAGUUGUCCGGUGGUGUGGCUGUCAUCAAGGUUGGCGGCGCAUCUGAAGUGGAGGUGUCGGAAGUGAAGGACAGAUUGAACGACGCGCUGAAUGCCACAAAAGCAGCCGUGGAGGAGGGCAUCGUGCCGGGUGGAGGGACUGCCCUCCUGUAUGCCUCGAAGAAGCUGGAGUCCCUGGAGCUCGGGGGCUUCGACCGCAACGUGGGCCGUGACAUCGUGCGCCAGGCCUUGCAGGUUCCUCUCAUGUCCAUCGUGCAAAAUGCAGGCAAGGAAGGAGCCGUGGUGGUGGAGUACUUGCUAAAGCAGAGCGAUGAAAAGCUUGGGUACAAUGCGCAGACCGGACAGUACGUCGACAUGAUUGCCAACGGCAUCAUAGACCCAACGAAGGUGGUGAGAUGCGCUCUUGCUGACGCUGCAUCGGUGGCCUCGCUGAUGACAACUACAGAGUGCCUCGUGACAGAGAUCCCCGAAGAGAAGCCAGCAGGUGGUGGUGGCCCAGGCGGCAUGGGUGGAAUGGGUGGAAUGGGUGGCAUGGGCAUGGAUGAUGGCUGGGACUGA